GCUUCAGGUGGAUUACCAGGUCUUUAAUCUGUCCUUUGAGUGACAUCACCCUGUGCUCAUACUUCUUAGAGGAUAUUAGGUGACAGUGAGGAGACGGGGAAGCAGGAGGUGGGAACCACUGCUGGACUCGGGAAGGUGAAUCAGCUCUCCAGUGAAGUUCGUACCAAACAUAAUCUCGCAUCCUCAGUCAGGGACAUGCAGGCAAUCAUAGCAGAAGAGGACGCCAGCAUGGAGGAGCUGGACGACCACAACCUGCAGAUGGAGGAGACGGCCCAGGGCCUGCUGAGGACACCUUCGCUGAAGGAGAGCUAUCACAGCGACACUGAUUUCAUGACAGACGACCGCAGCUCGGCAGCCAGCGGCCUGGACGUGGCCGACCGGCUCACCUACCUGGAGCAGAGGAUGCAGAUGCAGGAGGACGAGAUCCAGCUGCUGAAGUUGGCGCUGGCUGACGUCCUCAAGAGGCUCAACAUUUCUGAAGAGCACCAGGCAGCUGCCGCUGCAGGAAGGAGAACGCUGGGCGCCAAAGCCAGGCCUGUCUCCCUGGCUUUGCCCCCCAGAAACUCCAUGGCGACUUCCAGCUCUACUUCCCUCAAAAAGAGCUCCACAGUGCCCUCAAGCGCCACGGCGAGGAAUUACAGCCCCGCGCCGCCGCCUCUGAGCGGUGUGAAGAGCCCGCCAGGCAGUGCGAAGGACAGUCCAUGUAAGGUCACCAAGCCGCGACCCGCGUCUGCAGCCUCGGUCUGCAAGAAAGUUCCCGAAGAAAGCAACAAAUCCAGUGAGCCUGCUGGGAGCGUAGGAACAAGGCGGGUGACACAUUGCAAAGUGACUAUGCAGAUCUACCUGAGUCCCCUCGCAAGAAAGACUGGGUCUUCUGAGGAGGCCAAGUCGGCGUCUGCGGUGCCCGCCUACAAGGGGCCCGUGGCCGGCCCCGGGCCACCUUUGACCAAGAGGGGCAGCCAGCCGCAGAAAAAGAAGUCAACCCCGACCUUCACCUUGAACCUCCAGAAAACCGUAACGGGCCAGAGCUCAGCGCAGGAAACGUCCAGCUACAUUAGCCCGGUCAAGUCGCCCAGCCAAUACUUUCAGAUUUGCUACUGACGCAGACAGACACUCCCAACUUGUCUUGAAAGAAGUUCAUGCUGAUUAGAGAUUUCAGUUUUCAAAUUUCUGUCGGCAUUUCUCUGGCAAUCUCCUUGCAACUGAAUUAAUAAAACUCCUAAAGAGGCUCAACAAAUCACUUACCUGUAACUAACCCAUCUGGCUACAUCAAGUAUUGUGAUUUAUGUUUUUUUCUUUUGAACAUUUUUCUGCCUUUUUAGUUUCCUUGCAUAUCACAUCCUAGCGAUAGCUUUACUGGUCACGUACUUAGAUCUGUGCAUCGUUUUCCUGAACUUCUGCCUCCUCUAUGAGAGCACUCUCAGUGACGUACAUGAGGAAGCAACUUAUUGUCAUGACGACUGGAUUAUCUGUGUGCGCCGAUGUCUUUUUUGUGUGUUUGAUGUUAGUUUCCACAUGAAAAUGUCUGUUCUUACUCAGAAAAGACAAUAAAAAGUGUUGAUCUCUG